AUUGCGUUGUUAUGGCAACCGCCAAGAGAGUGGCUCGGGCGGGCGGAUUUAGUGGGAAAAGAGAGAUGGUGGGGGGCCCUGGCAGAGAUAAUAGAGGGAUGGAGGCCAUUAGAGUCUAUUAUACCAGUGUCACAGGGUCUAGAGAGGUGAAGCAGCAGCAGUCUGAAGUCUUCCGCAUUCUGGAUGGAAAGCGCAUGAAGUACCAGCUGGUGGAUGUGUCCCUCAGCGAAAGUUUGCUCCAGGAGAUGAGAAGCAAAGCCGGCAAACCGGGUGCAAUCCCGCCUCAGAUAUUUAAUGGAGAGGAGUACUGUGGGGAUUUUGAAAUGCUACACGAAGCGACCGAGAAUGAAGAGGUCCCCAAAUUCCUAAAAAUUGGAAGCGGAGACCAUAUGGCAAGAGGAGAGAAUAUGAUCUGACAAUAUGGAUUUACACGGUUUUCAGAUGAGACUAAAAUGUUUAUAUGUGUUCUUGACACAGAUAAAAUGUAUCAGUUGUAUGUGUGGAAAAUACAAAAGAGAGGU